AUGACACCCGUGGUGGCAAGGAUGGUGUUCGGAGAGAGGUUGUUAAUGCUGUGGAGUAUCUGGAGGAAGUCGGUUGUGUCCUGGAGGAAGCUGGCCACCACUGAACCCCCCAAAAAGAAACCGGACCCUGUCACUUCUGAGACCGUGGUUUUCUGGGGGCUACGCCUCUGGCAGGUGAUUGGAAUCUUUGCCAUCUUUGUCCUGGCAGUCAUUAUAACCCUGUGCUGUAUCUUCAAGUGCCGGAUUCCGCGGACAAAGAAAGAGAUCGAGGCCCGGUAUGCCCAGCGGCAGGCAGCCAAGACCUACGCAGACAAACUGGAGACUGUACCACCACUCAACGAGCUGACGGAGAUCCCUGGAGCUCACGUGGCAGAAGAGAAGAAAGAGGAGGUGCCCACCGUCUCAGGGAAAGUGGACAGGGCCCAAGGCAAGAAAGAAGGUUCCAAGGGAUCCAAGAAGAAAGAGGGCAAAAGGGAGCAGAAAGACGGGUCCAAGAAAGAAGGGAAAGAUGAGAGCAGAAAGAAGGAAGGAGGCAAGGGUGCAGGUGAAAAGAAGCAAGGAGGUGGAAGGAAAGGUGAGAAGGAGACGGACCGAGCAAAGGCAGGAGGCAGCACCAAGGCUGGCAGCAAAGCUGGGGGCAACGCCAAGUCCUCAGCAAGGAAACCCCAGCAAAAGAAGUGACCAGACCAACAGCGGAGCUGCUGACACCCCCUCCCCC